AUGGUUCAGAAUAAGAAUGUCACCUCAGAAGAUGCUGGCUUCCACCGCUCUUUUAAGGUGAGUUACUGUUUCUGUUUGUAAUUACUGCUUCUGAAAGUCAGUAUCUAAAUGUGUUUCCUAAUUUAAUAAAAUUAUUGAAGAGCCUAAGUUCCAUGCCAGCUUAGUUUUUUCUGUUUUGGAAGAUUACUACUGUUUCCAUCCAAACUGAUUGAAAGGCUGGAGGAACAUGCAUUGCAUUAUUGUGAACGGAUGUUGCUCAGUCAUUGCAUGUAUUCUGUGUUAAUUUUAUCCCAGUCACAGUCAGUAUCCCAGACAAUGUUAUUUCAGUCAGUGACAGCUAGGUAUUUAUACCGUCCAGGGGAGAGUACAGGGAGACCACAGUUACACUUCUGCCCUAGCCCAAUAUUAGACCUCUGAUUACUUCAUUAAUGAGAAAAGGUAUAAGGCAGGAGUUCCCUAACUUGUUUGGCCAACAACCCCGUUUUGAUAUAUGAACAUUCUCGCGACCUCAACCAUGUGAAUAAAAAAAAAAAUGACAGCCAAUGUUUACUUUUAUAUUUGGGGCUAUGGCAGUCAAUACAUGGCGUCAGUGAUCUUCAGGUCGGAAAGUCUGAGCUCUAGAAAGAGUCGCGAGUUGGAAUUCAGAGUUGGAUUCAAAGUGCAAAACGUUUUUCCCCAGUCGGAGCUUGUUUUUCCCCUCAGUUCCCAGUUGUCUUGAACGCAUUUAAGUCGGAAGUCUGAGAUUUCCGAGUUCCCAGUUGUUUUGAACGCAGCAUUAACGCUCAGGGGGUGACUGCAAGGUAUUGCCUUUGAGUUAGGAACCAGAACUCCUCCGUAGUGACCCGUGAAUGCAUUCGGUCUCAUGACAGCUCGAUCAGCUGUUUGAUUUUACUUACCGGGAUGUCAGCUGAGCCAGGAUCACAGUCAGACGGAUUGGGAAGUAGGUCCCAAAGUGCUCUUCCUAGUGUUGGAGGGGAGCAGUCAUCACUCAUGUGGGACACUUACUGAUGUUGUUUUCUGUUAGAAACAUGGACAGCCGAGGGAAGGGGGCAUGGUUCGUUUUUGAAAGACUCUCCAAUAAGAAAUCUUUCCUCUGAAUCCACUGAUUCGGUCACUCAUCUGUAGAAUGUUUUUGUAUUUCCCCUGCAUGCUUGCGUUGAGUAUGUUCAAUUUCCCAAAUAUCUCUGUUACAUAGGCAAGGAGGCAUGUUUUAUUUUCGUGACACAAAGUCAACCAAGUCUUUUUUAAAUCUUUUUUUUAUUGGGAAUGACAACAUUCCAUCUGUCAAUGCGAAAAACAUUCCAAUACUCCCCCUCGAUAACCACAAAGCCUCGUUGUGAAAUACAACAUUGUCAUGCUCUGAUCCCAUAUCUCCACAUAGUUUUGUGCAGUGGAUGUGGUUUGAUGUAGUUUACAAUCGAAGUUACCUGCUGCAGUAUAUCUGAGAGUUCUGUGCUCAGCUCUUUUGCUGCCAGUUGCUCUCGGUGUAUCAUUCAAUGCCUCCAUAUGGCAGAGGGAGACCUAUUCAUAACUAGAGUGCAGAGGCCUGCCCACCGUCCCGCUAUAGAUGGAGCCCACAGUUAGAGCCCAUGGAAUCUGUUUUUCAGCAACAUAGCACACUGAACAUCCCCUGUGCCGUUUCAUGCUCGGGAAUCGUGAGACAGAACAAUAUGUCCUUGUGAAUAGCAUCACCCCCCCCCAACGUGUAUAGCGAACAAAAGUCAAUGCAUGGGCACCUCACAGCUGACGUCCAUUUGGACAACAUAAGCUGGAGAGAUUGAGUCGUUCAGUCAGUUUCUUCUUGAUUGCUAGCAAUAGCGUAAAUUGUUCAUUUAACAGUGUUAUCUGACAAAGGUAUUGAUGUGAGCUUCUGUGCCUCUGCUUCCCCACGCGUUGUUUUCACCAUAUCAGUUGCGUCCGGUAUUAUAUCAAAGUCUCUGCAGCAGUGUGGUGUCAUAGUGUAGUGGGUCUAGCCAUUCACUGUUGGAACGGUCAAGGGCAGCCUUUUCCCAUGACCUAAGGGCGCUCUCUGGUUGACCUAAGGGCGCUCUCUGGUUGACCUAAGGGCGCGCUCUGGUUGACCUAAGGGCGCUCUCUGGUUGACCUAAGGGCGCUCUCUGGUUGACCUAAGGGCGCUCUCUGGUUGACCUAAGGGCGCUCUCUGGUUGACCUAAGGGCGCUCUCUGGUUGACCUAAGGGCGCUCUCUGGUUGACCUAAGGGCGCUCUCUGGUUGACCUAAGGGCGCUCUCUGGUUGACCUAAGGGCGCUCUCUGGUUGACCUAAGGGCGCUCUCUGGUUGACCUAAGGGCGCUCUCUGGUUGACCUAAGGGCGCUCUCUGGUUGACCUAAGGGCGCUCUCUGGUUGACCUAAGGGCGCUCUCUGGUUGACCUAAGGGCGCUCUCUGGUUGACCUAAGGGCGCUCUCUGGUUGACCUAAGGGCGCUCUCUGGUUGAAUUUGGAGGGGGGGGGUAGCAUCAAACAUUGUCAUUUUAAUAGUUUCUUGUUCACUGCUCAGUGAUGCAAACGGAACCGUUUAGCAGGUAGGUUAGUCAUUGGACCAUAUCCCCCCCCACCCUGUCGUUAUCAAAUGCCCUUUUUAAUCAAUUAAUCAGAGGUCUAAUAUUGGUUAAACGUUUGUCAUAGAGCUCUAUUGCUCUGCUUCUUCUACGGGCCUCUCUUGGCGAUGACAACCUAAGUAUGGCCCGGGGCGUCAGGAGAAGGAUCUGUUUAGUUUAACCCAGAGGUCCCGGGGCGUCGGGAGAAGGAUCUGUUUAGUUUAACCCAGAGGUCCCGGGGCGUCGGGAGAAGGAUCUGUUUAGUUUAACCCAGAGGUCCCGGGGCGUCGGGAGAAGGAUCUGUUUAGUUUAACCCAGUGGUCCAGGGGCGUCGGGAGAAGGAUCUGUUUAGUUUAACCCAGAGGUCCCGGGGCGUCGGGAGAAGGAUCUGUUUAGUUUAACCCAGAGGUCCCGGGGCGUCGGGAGAAGGAUCUGUUUAGUUUAACCCAGAGGUCCCGGGGCGUCGGGAGAAGGAUCAGUUUAGUUUAACCCCGGGGCGUCGGGAGAAGGAUCUGUUUAGUUUAACCCAGAGGUCCCGGGGCGUCGGGAGAAGGAUCUGUUUAGUUUAACCCAGAGGUCCCGGGGCGUCGGGAGAAGGAUCUGUUUAGUUUAACCCAGAGGUCCCGGGGCGUCGGGAGAAGGAUCUGUUUAGUUUAACCCAGAGGUCCCGGGCGUCGGGAGAAGGAUCUGUUUAGUUUAACCCAGAGGUCCCGGGGCGUCGGGAGAAGGAUCUGUUUAGUUUAACCCAGAGGUCCCGGGGCGUCGGGAGAAGGAUAUGUUUAGUUUAACCCAGAGGUCAGGCAGGGUCUGAAGAGGAGUUGGUUUGGACUAAAUCGGUCCCUUGGCCAGUGGUGCAAUGUGUAGUCAUUCCUACUGCUUCAUAUGGCCCUGUGAUGUAAAUGACUCUCCUCUAGGCUGUGAUGUAAAUGACUCUCCUCUAGGCUGUGAUGUAAAUGACUCUCCUCUAGGCUGUGAUGUAAAUGACUCUCCUCUAGGCUGUGAUGUAAAUGACUCUCCUCUAGGCUGUGAUGUAAAUGACUCUCCUCUAGGCUGUGAUGUAAAUGACUCUCCUCUAGGCUGUGAUGUAAAUGACUCUCCUCUAGGCUGUGAUGUAAAUGACUCUCCUCUAGGCUGUGAUGUAAAUGACUCUCCUCUAGGCUGUGAUGUAAAUGACUCUCCUCUAGGCUGUGAUGUAAAUGACUCUCCUCUAGGCUGUGAUGUAAAUGACUCUCCUCUAGGCUGUGAUGUAAAUGACUCUCAUCUAGGCUGUGAUGUAAAUGACUCUCCUCUAGGCUGUGAUGUAAAUGACUCUCCUCUAGGCUGUGUCUAACUCAAAGCCUUGUCUGGUUCUGUUCUGUCCCUCCUUCAGGUCCAAAACCCUUUCAAUUCUGAAGAUUACAACAAACCAGACUCCCAUCUCCACGAGUCAAACUUACAUUUAGAUUGUCCCCCAAGACCUGGUAAGUUUCUUUUGAUUUGGAAUUUACUGUCCCUGAUUUUGAUUUUAACACAACACACACGGGCCACCUGACCCGUAGUAACCUUCCUAUGAGGAUAUCAUCACUAUGUCUCUGUCAGUCAAAGUUCAGUCCUGAUUAGAGGGGUGACGCUGGCAUAUCAUAUACUACCUCUGCUGCUUUCACCUGCCUGAUAACAGAACCACCGUCACAACAACUGGCCUGGGCCUGGUUUCCCAAAACCAUCUUAAGGCUAAAUUCAUCAUUAUAAUCUUUGUAGGAGCAUCGUUAUAUCUCUGCGUUGUUUCCCAAAACCAUCGUUAUUAACGUUGCACUUGAAAUCUAACGCCUUCCUCAGACCACUCGUAGAACAGCUAAUUGAGUCAUUACAUGCAGUGUCACUUAUACACAGAAGAUCUUCGCUAAACAUAGAAUCACAUGUUUUGUCUGUCUCUGUGACCACCGAUAACUUCAGAACAAAGUUGACUACAAAUAUAUAGUUUUCAUGUCUUUGCACAAUUGAUGCAAAAAGAGAUGACAGUUGGCUAUAGGCCUUUUCGCUCCUAUAAAUGCUGCAACGACGCACUUCGUGACCGCUCUCUCUGCGUGGUGUUUUGGGAAACGCAUGUUACAUCUUCGGCCGUUGUAGGAAAGAUGCAUAAUUUAAACACGCCUAAGUUCUACUGGGCCCAGCCCUGUUAGUUCCAACAACAACUGGACCUGUCUGGACCCAGUAUGUCUUAUUGUGCCCUCACUCUUAUAUCCCCUCCCCCUUUCUCUUCUAUCCUCUCUCUCUCUCUCUCCUAUCCCAGCUCUCUCUCCUAUCCCCCCUCUCUCUCUCCUAUCCCCCCUCUCUCCCCUAUCCCCCUCUCUCUCUCCUAUCCCCCCUCUCUCUCUCCUAUCCCCCCUCUCUCUCUCCUAUCACCCUUCUCUCCCCUAUCCCCCCUCUCUCCCUCCCCCUAUCCCCCCCUCUCUCCUCCUACCCCCCUCUCUCUCCUAUCCCCCCUCUCUCUCCUAUCCCCCUCUCUCCUAUCCCCCCUCUCUCCUAUCCCCCCUCUCUCUCCUAUCCUCCCCCUCCCCUCUCUCCUAUCCCCCCUCUCUCUCCUAUCCCCCCUCUCUCUCCUAUCCCCCCCCUCUCUCCCCUAUCCCCCCCUCUCUCCCUAUCCCCCCUCCUCUCUCCCUAUCCCCCCUCUCUCCUCCUAUCCCCCCCUCUCUCCCUAUCCCCCCCCUCUCUCCCUAUCCCCCCUCUCUCUCCUAUCCCCCCUCCUCUCUCCUAUCCCCCCUCUCUCUCCUAUCCCCCUCUCUCUCUCCUAUCCCCCUCUCUCUCUCUCCUAUCCCCUCUCUCCUAUCCCCUCUCCUACCCCUCUCUCUCCUCUCUCCUAUCCCCUCUCUCUCUCCUAUCCCCUCUCUCUCUCUCUCCUAUCCCCUCUCUCUCUCUCCUAUCCCCUCUCUCUCUCUCCUAUCCCCUCUCUCCCUCUGUCUUCCAAAGACAUGACACUCAGCCAGCUGGCCUGUGACUCUGGAUUAAUGCCAUCAACUGUCCCUGUUUGCACAAUGUCCCUCAUCUCCUGUCCUCCUCCUUCCAUAGACAUGCCAGCCAGCCAGCCUAUCAACAUCCCAGAUGCCAAGAAGAGGACCAAGAAGAAGAAGAGGUGCAGGGCCACCGACAGCUUCACUGGACGAUUCCAAGGCAAGUCACUAGAAAACCAUCCACUGUCUAUUCAAGGCAUGUGA